AUGUCAUCGACUAUAAAUGCCACCGUCGCCACUGCCUCUUCCUCUUCCUCUUCUUCUCUUUCCAACCCCGGGCCCGGGGGCCGCAGAGUCACUCUGAGGUUCCCGGCGGCGGUCGUGGCGGCCGUCCGAGCCAACCCAACCCCGGCGCACGUCGAUGACUGGGCAAGGAGCACCUCCCAUGGCAGUGCGGUCGCCGCCCGUGCUAUCGGUGCCACCAGCCGUGCUGCCAACCAGGGGCGACAAGACGCCAGUUCAGCCGGGCCGACCCAACGGGGUAAAAAGAAGUAUUCAGAGACUAAAGGGUCCAAGGACUCACGCAGUCGGCAGGCCGAACAAAGAGUCUGCGAGAGGGAGGCUCGGGCUGUUGUCGACCCCGACAUUCUGGCCGCGGUGGAGGAGGAGGGGGGCAUCACUCCGGCCGGGAGGUUGCUGCGAGCGUGCGCUCAGACGAUUGUUGCGUUGCAGCAACGUCUGGAGGCGGCGUUGGGUGAGGACGACGACGACGACGAGAGGAUGAGGAGGAUGAGGAGGAUGAGGAGGAUGGGUGAGGACGAGGAGGACGAGGAGGACGAGGAGGACGACGACAACGACAACGACCACAAGGACGGCUUAGGCCCAGCAGGAGGAGGAGGAGGCUGA